AACGAUGACUGCUAAGAUUAAAAUAAAGGAAAUCUCUGUUUCAGUAAGAGAAGCGUCCUCGGCGUCGCUGACGUCACGACGGAGAAAGCCGAGUCCACCCGAAGCGCUGACUUUCAGUCCGUUUGUAAACAAGGUCAAACACUGCAGCACGCAGACCAGACACAUCGCUGCAGAGCUCCUGCUGGCUGUCAUCUCUCUAAGAAAAGAAAACUUUCACAGUCAUCUCGGGUUACAGGAUUUGCACAGAAAAGCCGACAAGAUGAUGCAGUGUUUUCAUUUCAUGGUGGAGCCGGCCAAAAACUUAAUUGCCAAAAACAAGGAGAUUCACAAAAAGGCAAAGAGGUCCAAGAAGGAGCCUUUGGAUGAGGAUCAGCUGUUUGUUGCGGAGCUCGCAGGAGAGCUGAAAAGAGUGUGUCAGAGAUCCGUGGUUCUGGAGCACAUCUUUAACCAGGACGACACCUGGCCAACGUCCCUCUGCAGGAUCUUCACCCUGCAGUGGGCAAACAUGCUGGAGAGCAAGAAGAGGCCCAUGCAGACUGACGGCUGGCCAGAGAAGACUGAGGAAAGCCAGCUCGAUUUCAUGAACGUAGAGGAAGUGCAGAAGGCUAAAACUAUCAUCUACAACUGGAUACAGGAUCUCCGAGCUCAGCCUGAGCAAAGUGUGUGGCCAGGAGAACCAGUGGCAAAGGUUCUGGAGGAUCUGGAGUCCGCCUGGCGCUGGGGCCGCUUUCCCAAUCUGUUAACAGCCAUGGAGCUGGUUAUGUGGACUCUGAUGUCACAGCAACCGGAUAAGGACACCAUCCCUCAGCAGUGGCUUCUGUGGAAACAGAGGACUCAGAAGAUUGGAGGCAUUUCUUACAUUCCUCAGCCUGUGUGGGACUGGAUUACAGAUUCUGCAGUGGAGGUGACCCUCGAUCUGGACACAGCCAAUCCAGAUCUGCUCAUCUCCGCCGACGAGAAGCGGAUGCGUUGCGGCUUCGAGAGGAAGGAAGUGCCCAACUACCACCAACGUUUUGAUGGCUGGUGGUGUGCCGUCGGGAUGAAGGGCUUGGGCUCUGGCCGCCACUACUGGGAAGCAGAAGUGGGCGAGCGUGACUGGCGACUGGGAGUGGCAAAAGAGUCGGCCCUGAGAAAGGGCUUCAAGUCCCUGAACACUGACACGGGGUAUCUGACCCUGCGGCUGGAGAGGGGCACUGAGCUGAAGGCGCUCACCGUGCCCUUCACCGCUCUGCCGCAGGGUCUCAUCCCCCGCAAGGUGGGCAUCUACCUUGACUACGACAAUGAGCAGUUGUCCUUUUAUGACGUGGAGAAACGGCUGCACAUUUACACCUAUAACCAGACCUUUACCGAAAAGCUGUACCCUUUGUUUGGGACAGUUGAGAUUGUCAAGGAUUUGGUAAUCAGGUCUCCAGGAGGGAAAACCCACUGUCUCUGCCCCACAUCGUGUCUGUGGGCUUAAGCUUCCUUCCUUUUGAAAUCACUAGACAUAAUAUUAAAAACUAAAUUCUAGGAAUCUAGAAUCUUGCUGUACGAGACCAUCAAUGUUCUACCCAACAGCUUUGCUAUGUGACCAAACUCUGUGCUGCUACUGCUGUACUGUGAAGCUGCUGCCGGCUUUUUACACGUGACCCUUUGCUCACGUGCAUUUCCCUGUAUCUGAGAGAAAUCUGACAGUUCUAAUGUGUAUAGUGCAAUAUUAUACCUGCAAUGAAUGCACCUUUAUGAAUGAUUAUAAACAGAAUAAUUUCAGUUUUUGCAGCACUGCUAAAAAAUUACACUAAGUAUCUAUUUAGUUAUAUAAAAAAAUCUAAGUAGUAGCUUCAUGGACAAAUAUGAAACAACAUAUAAUCGAUUUUAGAUGUUAUUGUUAUGAACUUGCUUCAGUUCAUAUUUCUUAAUGUUUUUUUUAAUAUAUGCUGUUUGAUUUUUGAAGUUGUUUGCACAAACUUGCUUAUAGCACCUUAACCAUAAGUAUAUGCUGAAAUCUAAUAAAAUGAUGGUAAAAUUCUUC